UCUGAUCGCCAUUCCUUAUACUCACAACACUACAAACAUCCUUUGACUCUCUUCUCUCUCUCUCUCUCUCUCUCUCUGUGUCUGUUCGUGUUUGUUUCGCUUUCAUUCUCUGGAAAUUUCCGUGUUCACAAACUGCUUCUGCAUGAAACAGAUUCCUCUGUUCCGUAUUAAUUCCAAUGGACUAUAUUCGGAGCAACAGCUUCAAGCGUCUCUUCUCCUUCAAACGACGCAGUUUCAGUGAACAAGUUUUGAUCCCUGAAAGCACACAAACACCUGAAAGAGAAAAACCCGCUUGGAAAUGCUUCUCUUUUCAGCAACUAUUUGAUGCCACCAAUGGCUUCUGCUCUGUGAAUCGUGUUGGGAAAGGAGGGUUUGCAGAGGUUUAUAAGGGAACGUUAGAAGAUGGAGAGGUAAUCGCAGUGAAGAGGCUCACAAAAAUCUGUAAUGAUGAGAGGAAAGAGAGAGAGUUUUUGACAGAGAUUGGAACAAUUGGUCAUGUUCGUCAUUCAAACGUUUUACCUCUUCUGGGUUGCUGUAUUGAUAAUGGGCUUUACCUCGUCUUUGAGUUUUCCACUAGAGGCUCUGUUUCUUCUCUUCUUCAUGAUGAGAAUGAGCCUGUCGUGGAAUGGAAAACAAGACAUAAGAUUGCUCUUGGGACUGCACGUGGCCUUCAUUAUUUGCACAAGGGUUGCCAGAGAAGGAUAAUUCAUAGGGAUAUAAAGGCCUCCAAUGUUCUUCUGACUUCAGAUUUUGAACCACAGAUAUCUGAUUUUGGACUGGCCAAAUGGCUUCCUUCUCAGUGGACUCAUCAUUCCAUUGCCCCAAUUGAAGGAACAUUUGGGCACUUGGCUCCUGAGUACUACAUGCAUGGAAUUGUGGAUGAGAAAACUGAUGUGUUUGCAUUUGGGGUGUUUCUGCUAGAACUCAUCUCUGGGAAGAUACCUGUGGAUGGAUCAAACCAGAGUUUACACAACUGGGCUAGGCCAAUAUUGAAGAGAGGGGAGCUAGAAAAGGUGGUGGAUCCAAGGCUUGAAGGAGCUUAUGAUGUUUCAGAGCUAACAAGGCUUGCUUUUGCAGCCUCUCUGUGUAUCCGACCAUCUUCUACUUGGAGACCUACCAUGACUCAGGUAUUAGAGGUAAUGGAGGAGGAAGAAAUAGAUGAAGAUAAAUGGAAAAUGCCAGAAGAAGAUGAAGAAGAUGGCGCAUGGGGUCUUGAGGAUUUGGAAUGUGAUUAUGAUAGUUCAUGCUCAGUUAUAUCUCUUCCUGACUCAAUUACAAGUAAUUAAUCAGAGGAUAAUUUUAUUUUUGUAUUAUAUAUGUAGGUGAUAUUUUAAUUUGAUCCUUCAUUGGCAUAUUCUUUAGAUUUGAUCGCUCA